AUGGAGGAAGGAGGGUUUAUACGAGAGCGGAAGACGCGAAAGAGCGCACGAGGCGGCGCCAGAGGUAACGGGAGGGCCAACGGGGCCACCAGAGCUCGCACAGGACGAGGAGGCCCGAGGGCCAUGAAACUAGAGUCCAGCUCCAGUGAGAACGAGUCCGAGGACGACGAUUUCGUUCCCGACGAGGAGGAGGAGGACGAGGAGUUUGUGUUUGAAAUUAAGGAUGAGCAAGAGGAGAACGAGGAGGUACCUGUUGCAGAAGAACAGGACGAUGAUAUUAUCAUUAUUGAAGGUACCAGUGGCAAUAAUGAGCAGGCAGAUCCUGACAACCAAGAACCCGACAGCGACACACCGUUGGCACAGGUACCAAAGAAACGGAAGAGAGCUGCUCCUGGUACGAAACCAAAGAAGAAGAAGAAUGACGGUCCUAAGUUAACUGCGCACCAAAGACGUACUAAUAAGGUGUACGAGUUCAAUCCGGAUGUGAAGGAUACUUUCCCGGUUUUGGCAGCUCAGAGCACACGCACUGUUGAGAGAGGAAUCCAGCCUGACGGGAUGAAACUGACUUUGCUUCCGUUCCAGCUUGAAGGACUGUCGUGGAUGAUCAAACAGGAAGACUCUAUCUAUAACGGAGGAAUUCUUGCUGACGAGAUGGGAAUGGGAAAAACUAUCCAGAUGAUCUCGUUGAUGAUGCACGACCGUUCUAAGACACCGACUCUUGUUGUUGCUCCUACUGUGGCGUUGAUUCAGUGGAAAAACGAGAUUGAGCAGCAUGCUGGUGGCCUCCUGAAGGUUGGUCUGUUUCACGGACAAAAUCGUGCCAAGUCGUUGAAAGACUUGGAGGAUUACGACGUUAUUAUGACGACGUACGCUGUGUUGGAGUCAUGUUAUAGAAAACAGCGGUACGGGUCCAAAAAGAACGGCAGAGUCGUCAAGGAAAAGAGUCUGUUGCACUCGAUGCAUUUCUACCGGGUGAUUUUGGACGAGGCCCACAACAUCAAGGAUCGCCACAGCAGUACCGCUACUGCCGCUAAUCAUCUCGACUGCGAAAAGAGAUGGUGUCUUUCUGGUACCCCGUUGCAGAACAGAAUUGGAGAACUGUACUCCCUGAUUAGAUUUUUGGACAUUGCUCCGUUCUGCGAGUACUUCUGCACAAAGUGUCCGUGUCGUUCGAAAGAGUGGAACUUCCCGGAUAAUAGACAUUGUGGUAACUGUGAGCAUCAUGGAAUGCUCCAUAUGAACUUUUUCAACCAUUUUAUGUUGAAGAACAUCCAGAAGUUUGGUCUGCAGCAGGAGGGAGAGGAGUCGUUUGCGCGCAUCCAGCUCCUAUUGCGCCAGAUCAUGCUUAGAAGAACCAAGGUCGAGAGAGCCGACGAUCUGGGACUGCCACCAAAGAUUGUGGAGAUCCGUCGUGAUUUCUUCAACCCGGAGGAGAAAGACCUUUAUCAGUCGCUGUACUCUGACUCGAAACGUCAAUUCAACGACUAUGUGGCUCAGGGUGUUGUUCUUAACAAUUAUGCCAAUAUUUUCACUUUGAUCACCAGAAUGAGACAGCUUGCAGACCAUCCGGACCUGGUUCUGAAGAGAUACAAAAACCUGCCCAAGGGUGUUGCCCAGACAGGCGCAAUUAUCUGCCAGCUCUGUGACGACGAGGCCGAGGAGCCGAUCGAGUCCAAGUGCCACCACAAGUUCUGCCGGAUCUGUAUCACCGAGUAUGUGGACUCGUUCAACGGGGACAACAAGAAGCUCGAGUGUCCGGUCUGUCACAUUGGUCUAAGUAUCGACCUCGAAGGUCCAGCGCUCCAGGUGGACCAGGAGGUUGUGGAGAAAGGGUCUAUUGUGAACAGAAUCGACAUGGGUGGAGAGUGGAAGUCGUCCACCAAGAUUGAAGCUUUGAUGGAGGAGUUAUACAAGUCGCGUUCUGAUAGACAGACAGUGAAGAGCAUUGUGUUUUCGCAGUUCACGUCGAUGCUGGACCUGGUUGAGUGGCGGCUGAAACGCGCUGGGUUCUCGAUCGCCAAGCUGCAGGGUUCUAUGACUCCUGUUCAAAGAGACUCUGUGAUUAAGCAUUUCAUGAACAAUCCGUCCGUGGAGGUGUUUUUGGUGUCGUUGAAGGCGGGUGGAGUGGCUCUCAACCUGGUGGAGGCCAACCAGGUGUUCAUUCUGGACAGUUGGUGGAACCCGGCACUGGACACCGGCCAGGCCGCAGACAGAAUCCACAGAAUCGGACAGCACCGUCCAAUUAGAAUCAUCAAGUUGGUCAUCGAGGAUAGUAUCGAGUCCCGGAUCAUCGAGCUGCAGGAGAAAAAGGCAGACAUGGUCAAGGCCACACUCGACCGUGACGAGAACGCCGCCAACCGGUUGUCCACCGCCGACAUGCAGUUCCUGUUCAACAACUAG